AUGUCUAUCACUCAAGAUGAAACCAUCGCUUCACUUCAACAACAACUGGCUACGUUGGCUAGCCAAUUCGCUGAUCUUCAGCGCUCCAAGGAGGAACAAGAUCUAGCCAUGGAGACCCCUACUCUCAUUCAAACUUACAAGCCCACACAAGAUGAUCUCGAACGCUUCCCCUUCUUGGAACCAAAAGAUCCUUCUUCCGUCUUUCAACAAGACAUUACCGACGAGAAGCUUUGGGAACAGUUCAGACAAUUUCCAAAAACAUUCAUUGGCCAUAUGAACCUCCCAAGCUCCCUUCAGCUGUUUCUCUUAAAACCCAUCAAAAACAUCAUGAUCAACAACUUCGAGCGCUACAAAAACGGAACAGAUUACUGGUACGAUCGGCAGGAUCAACAACAUGCGACUUGA